AUGCACGUUUUCUGUAUACGAGUAAUUGACGUUUUUACAUACGGUAACAUUAAUUCGUUUAUCGCAGGAAUUCGGAUUUCACACGUUUGUUAUCUAUCUAUCUAUCUAUCUAUCUAUCUAUCUAUCUAUCUAUCUAUCUCGGCCCGUUCCUAUCUAUCUAUCUCGGCCCGUUUCUAUCUAUCUAUCUAUCUAUCUCGGCCCGUUCCUAUUUAUCUAUCUCGGCCCGUUCCUAUCUAUCUAUCUAUCUAUCUAUCUAUCUAUCUAUCUAUCUAUCUAUCCACUUCUCUUUUCACAUCUAGCUAUACUGGAACAUUAUACAGCGACUGUUCUGUUCCUUUCUUUCUCUCUCUCUCUCUCUCUUUUUCUUUCUCUCUUUCUUUCUCUUUGGCUUUUUUCUCUCUCUUUCUUUCUAUCUUUCUUUCUUUUUCUCUUUCUUUUUAUUUUUCUUUUUCUCUUUCUUUCUUUUUCUUUCUUUCUUUCUUUUUUCUUUUUCUUUCUUUCUUUUUUAUUUUUCUCUUUAUUUCUUUCUUUCUUUUUCUCUUUCUUUCUUUCUUUCUUUUCUUUCUUUUUCUCUUUCUUUCUUUUUUCUUUUUCUCUUUCUUUUUCUCUUUCUUUUUUCUCUUUCUUUCUUUUUUCUUUCUUUCUUUUUCUUUUUCUCUUUCUUUCUCUGUCUUUCUUUCUUUUUUCUUUUUCUCUUUCUUUCUUUCUUUUUUCUUUUUCUCUUUCUUUUUUCUCUUUAUUUCUUUUUCUUUUUCUCUUUCUUUCUUUUUUCUUUUUCUAUUUCUUUUUUCUCUUUAUUUCUUUCUUUCUUUUUCUCUUUCUUUUGUCUUUGUUUUUUUUUCUUUUUCUCUUUCUUUCUUUCUUUCUUUCUUUCUUUCUUUCUUUCUUUCUUUCACUGAAAUCAAGUAG